CCGAAAUUUAUUUAUUUUUUUACUCACUUUACCACAGUGAGAGUUAUUUGCAUCGAAAUAAGUACACAAAAAAUUGUAUUGCGCAGAGUUAAAAUCCAAACGCAAACUAGCUCCGUGCUCGCGGGGUGUCGCGAUGCUCAAUAUGCAGGAUACCGCGGCUAACACGUAGCCACCGGCUAGCUGUACUAGUUCACUGCCGUGUCGCGCUGCUGAAGCUCAGCAUCAUCGCCGCUCCUCCCAAUAGGAAGGGCGCAUCCCGGAUAGCUAGCUGGCUAGCUGUACUCCGCAUAAACGAUGGCAGUAAACCUCAGCAAAAACGGCCCUGCAUUAACAUCUGCGUUCAAAGAAGUGGUCGAUGAAAAAUCAAACACGAACUGGGCCUUGUACACCUACGAGGGAAACAGUAAUGAUAUCCGUCUGGCAGAAAAGGGAGAUGGAGGACUGGAGGAGCUGGUUGAGGAGUUGAAUAGUGGAAAAGUGAUGUAUGCCUUCUGCCGGGUCCUGGAUCCAAAUUCUGGCCUGCCUAAAUAUGUCCUCAUCAACUGGACUGGAGAAGGAGUGAAAGACGCAAGGAAAGGAUUAUGUGCAAAUCAUGUCAGCGCCAUGGCCAAUUUUCUUAGGGGGGCCCAUGUCACAAUAAACGCCAGAGCAGACGAGGACGUGGAGCCUGAGGUGAUCAUGCAAAAGGUGGCCAAAGCCUCUGGAGCCAACUACAGCUUCCACAAAGAAGCUCCCAGCCGCUUCCAGGACAGCGGCCCUCAGGGUCCCGUGGGCUCAGUGUACCAGAAGACCAACGCUAUGUCUGAAAUCAAGAAGACCAACAAAGACAACUUCUGGGCUCAAGCAGAGAAAGAUGAGGAGAAACGUCGCGUGGAGGAGCGGCACAAGGCAGACGAAGAGCGCCAGCACCUGGAGAAGGAGAGGAAAGACAGAGAGGCCAAGGAGGCAGUGCAGAGGGACAAAAGGGACAAGGAGAGGGCCACUCAAAUCGACCAACAAAAGAAAUACCAGCAGCAGCAGGACGGCGAGAGUAAAGACCAGGAGAAACGCUCGGAGGAGCAGGAGGAGAACCAGGCAGCCCAGACGAAAGCUGUCAAGAGAGGUGAAUCUGUGGAAAAGGCCAAUGAGGCGGCUUCUCUCAUCUCUCAGCGUUCUGUGAACCCCAGAGAGAUGUUCAAGCAGAGAGAGAGGGGAAUAACUCCCAGUGACUCAGAGGUUCCCCCAGCUGCCCCAGCUGCCCCAGCUGCCCCAGCUGCCCCUGCUGCCCCUGCUGCCCCUGCUGCCCCUGCUGCCCCUGCUGCCCCUCCCAGCCCCCAGCCAGGGCGUCUGCAAAGCCCUUUUCUGUCUAAGCCAGGGUAUGAAAGUGAGCCAGCCAGCUCACCUCAGCGCCAAGCUUCUCCUGUGCCAGCAGGCUCCGCCUCUCCUGUCCGUGCCACAGAGCCUGAUGUGGAUGAUGGACAGUCCAGGUGUGAGUAUGAUGAGCAGGAGGUGACACCAGAGGAGCCGUGUGAAGAGAAGACGAUUGCUGCCAACUCCUACAUCCAAGAGGCAGUUUAUGAAGAGCCCCCUCAGGUGGAGGAGAAUAACUCUUGUGAGGUGACUGCUGAGGAGACACCAGACAAAGGAACCUGUGCCAGAGCCUUGUAUGACUACCAGGCUGCUGAUGACACAGAGAUCUCAUUCGAUCCCGACGAUAUCAUCGCUGGGAUCGAGAUGAUAGACGAGGGCUGGUGGAGGGGCUACAGCCCAGAUGGCCAUUUUGGAAUGUUCCCAGCAAAUUACGUGGAGCUUAUCUAGCCCAGCCCCCCCCCACACACACCCAGAUCAUCACACUGGUAGCCCCAGAUGACAUCUGCAGCAGAACAACACACAAGUGAGCUGAUCAGACUGAAACGGAGUAAAUCAUGGACCAAUGAACCGAUGGUAAUCGUGGGCCAGAAGUAUUUGAGAUCUUGUUUUUUUCAAUAAAGCAAUUCUAUUAUAUUGUUGAUGUUGUGAGCAACUGAUGGCAUAUUUUAGGGAUUUGUGAAGACCCAUAGUCGGACCAAUGCUCCCACUUCCCCCCCCCAAAUUACAUCUCUUCCUAUAAAUGUGAUGCAGUACAAAAUCAGCCUUUGUUAAGUCUUUAAUUCAGCAGUAACAGGACUUCUAGUUCACAUUCCUUUCAAAGUGACUUCCGUUCUAUUUCAGGUAUAAUUUUGUUGUUACUUGUAGCAAAUUUUUCCUGUACGUUUCAGGAAAAACAAAAGCAAAUCAAAGAUGGCGGUACCAGCUACAGUAUAAUCCUUUGCCUUGUUUUUGCCUUUCUUUACCGGCAGACUGAACUUUACUUUUUUUAUGUGAUUGAUCCUGUGUGAAUUCCAAACCAUGUUUUAGUACUGAUCUCACUGUGGUUGAAGUGAAUAUUAAAAAAAAAAAAAAAAAAAAAUCUGAUUAUGUUUGCUGUGCUCUGGGUGGGUUUAGUGGGGAACGCAUAAAACGCCCUUUAACUGUGACUUUUUAUUGUUUUCAUUCCUUUGUCAUCUGAACCAGAUUAUUUCAACAUAUUUUACUUUUCAGGGAAAGGCUAAAGAAAAUAAAACUAAGUCAGCAUUAUUUUUAUUUUUGUGAAUCUCGCUGGUCUGAGGUUGAAUUUGAGUGCAUAAAAGAUCUCUAAAAAUCAUUAAUUUGUGCUGUUACCGUGCCACAACGACGGGAAGUUAAUGCAGUGACAUUUGAAUUGAAAAAUUGCAUGUUCACUGUUAUCAUUCAACAAAAUUCUUGCUCUUUUAAGCUUUGAGGUCAGUCUAUAAAAUGAAAAUGAAUUAUAAUGACUAGAAAAGGGUGUCAUGUAUCCAUUGCAUUAUUGUUUGUUUUUCCAGAGUAUAUUGUAAUGCACAGACAUUCUUCAUAAUAAAAUAAAUAACUA